AUGUCAGACAUGGAGGAGGUCUUGGAGAGGCAAAAGCGAGAAAUAAGAGAAAGAAGGCGUAGACAAGCUGCAAGCAAAAGAGCACAGAGAGAUCUAGAUCAGCAACUUGUCAUGGCUGUGGCUUUGCUUGAUGAAGAAAACCAGAGCAGUCGUGGUUCACAUGAAGGCCGUGGCCCGAAUGUUGACCGACAUAGAAUGCAACAACAUUUGUUCAAUAAAAUCAUGCAUGAUAUUUGCAAUUAUGAUGAAUACUUUGUUCAAAAGAGAAAUUGUGCUGGUGUGGAUGAGAUUGUCCGGAUGGGGAAGUCCAUUGCCUUGGAGAGUUUGGGAGAUUACGGAAAUCGGAAAGGCCAAAAAAGCAUCAUCCUUGAAGCCGUUGCAGGUUUCGAUACAUGGGUUUGGCACGCCUUCUUCGGAUUUGCUGGAUCUCAAAAUGACUUGAACGUCCUAAGUCAAUCCCUGAUGUUCAAUGAUGUUUUGAGAGGAGAAGCCCCGAAAAUCACAUAUGAAGUCAAUAAUAACGUCUAUCAAACUGCGUAUUAUCUAGCUGACGACAUCUACCCGAGGUGGAUAACAUUUGUGAAAUCACUUCCGCAUCCCCGAACCCAGAAGCAAAAGUUAUUUGCUACAUAUCAAGAGGGUUACAGAAAGGAUGUGGAGAGGUGCUUUGGUAUCCUCCAAGCUCGGUGGGCGAUCAUUAGGGGUGCGAUGCGUAUGUUUGAUGAGGAGGUGUUGAGGAGCAUAAUGAUGACAUGCAUCAUCCUCCAUAACAUGAUUGUGGAGGAUGAGUAUGAUUACGAAGCUGAAGAGAUGUACGAACCGGAUCCCAUGAACACGGCUUUGACCCGAAUUUAUGAAAAACCCAUAGGGCCAAAUGGAGUACCAGUGGAGCAUGAACCGUUGGUUAGAGAUGGUGUUUUCAUGAACCGUAUGAUUGAUCGAUAUACGGAGAUGCAAUUUUCGUAUAUUCAUGAAUGCCGUCAAGUUGACUUAAUGGAGCAUUUAUGGGCAGUGAAAGGCAAUGACGGUGAAUGA